AUGGACGGCAACACAAUCCCAGCAAUCCCCUCUUUCCGAUUCCUUAUAAUGAUCGACUGCUUUCGUUUUCAGAAACUGGGCUCUUGGCUCUACGCCUUCGCUACCGGAAAACGAAAGCAGUGGAGUUUACCGGCUUCUGAAACGGCUAAAUCGGAACAGAGGGAUGAGGGCGGCGAGAGGGUUAGCAGAGAGGAAAUGAAAUGGGUGAUGGGGGAAUUGGGGCUUUCUUCGGAGGAAGAGACGGAGGAAUCGCUUCCUGGGUUUGCGUCGAUGGAAGAGAUGUGUAGGAUUUUCGAUCAAACGGCGGCGAGUGCGGCGGAGGUGAAGGAAGCCUUCGAUGUGUUUGAUGUUAAUAGCGAUGGGUUCAUCGACGGUGAUGAGUUGCAGAGAGUGCUAUGCGUUUUGGGGUUCAAAGAAGGAGAGGCGAUUCAGAAUUGCAGGAGGAUGAUUAACAAGUUUGAUGAGAACAACGAUGGCAGAAUUGAUUUUCAGGAAUUUGUUAAAUUAAUGGAGUCUGCUGUUUAUUAA